CUUACUUCUUGAAUGUUUAGAGACCUAAAGACCUGAACCAUAGUCGUGGAUAUGUAGGUGUCUCAUAGGGCGAUGGAGAGCGUAACAGCGUCGCUGCCCUAUUGAGUGGGUUCCUUACUCUUCAAAUACAACAGGGUGAGCAACUAUGCUUGUUUUUUGUGCAGCCUACAGUUGCAACAACCGGUGCUCCAUUGAAAAUCGAUCACAUGGGAUAAAUUUUCUAGCCUACCUUUUCGGAUUUUUUAUUUUAUUUGUAUUUAACUAUCAUACCUUCCCACAUGUCUGAUUUAGCAAAAAAUGUAUUUUUUUUUAGUUCGGUAAGCAUUCCUCAGUAGAAAUAAAUGCACUAGGGGGUGACUGGAGACCUCUCCAAGAUGGCGGCCAGCCACUACGACAGCGCGACCCCACGUCGCGCUUAUUUGUGUGUCCUGAACAGCAGGGGGCGAUAGCGGUUUGGUGACGCACGCAUUUUUAUCUCAGAAGUAGAAAGUUGUUGCUAUGCGACGAGGAGCCUGUGAAGCUAACGAGCUUUAUCCGUUUUUAAUUCGCUCCUCAUCCUUUAUUUUAGGACGUAUUUUCGGUAAAAAGUUACUUUUCAGAGUCGUCUUCUUUCGGAUCAGGACUGAAUUGCAGCCAUGCCACUUCCAGAUGUUCUCUAUUGUUCCCAGCAAAUCAGGAUCCCCCCCGAGCUGCCAGACAUCCUCAAAAACUUCACCAGAGCAGCCAUUCGGACACAACCCAAAGAUGUGCUCGUAUGGAGUGCAGCGUAUUUCCAUGCGCUGGCUGAUGGAGACACUCUCCCUGUUAAAGAGAGGCUGGAGAUGAAUGUUGCCACCCAGAAGACAGAUACUGGCCUGACUCCAGGUCUGCUGAAGAUCCUCCACAAGCAGCUCUCCCCAAAGGAAACAUGCAGCAAAGAGGAACUCGAGAGGACAUGGAAAGGCUUGUGUCUUCCUGUGGAACAGCUGGAGAGCAUGCUGUCGUUGGGCAGCUUUGAGUCAGAAAUCACCUGGAUGGAGUUUUUUGCUCUGGGCUGCAGCGCUUUAGGAGCGAACCUCCAGAGUUCCCUGAAGUUCGCCUGUGAGAUCCUGACAAACGACGAGGAAGGUGGAGCUGCCAGGAUCCCCUUCGACACUUUUGUUCAGAUUUACACCUACUUGGCUCACCUAGACGGGGUCGUUUCACAGAGCCACAUCCAGACCUUCCUCAAGAGUCUGCAACCACAAGUGGAGCUGCAGCAUGGGAUGAUAAAACCUCUGGACUUCAUCCACAGACAAGCUAUGGAUUCAGCUCCAUCUGGCUCUUCUGGGUCUUCCACAACCAAUCCAGGAGCCGAAUAAGACUUUCAACAGCGACCUCACAUAUGGGAAAAUUAUAAAUCUAGGACUUGUUGAAGGUUCGGCUUAGGAGAUGGUUUCUUUUUACCUGCAGAAUAGUUUAUUGUGAUGGUGUGUGUCUGCUGUGUAAGCUAAAUUGUUUUGCUUUGUUCUUCUGCAAAACACUAUUUUUCUUAUCUGAGAUUUUGUUUUUGGUGUCAUGCAUCAUUCUGUCUCAUUCUGUCAUCCUUGAAAUCAUCUUGAGGUGUUCUUAAAAGCGUAGAUGGAAACACGUCAAAAGGCCUUUUUUUCCCUUACAUGUAAUUUAUUAAAUAAACCUCAAUUUAUAUAAAUAUUUAAACCUCGGAAGCACAUUUUCAAAAAAGUUUAUAUUCCAAUAACUGGUGCAGAUAUUUUUGUUGAAACAGCGACAGACAAAUUAAAGGAUUUUCAAAAAUCCUAAAACAAUAAAAAAAUAAUAAACAAAUAAAAAACUAUUACUAAAAUAA